GUGGGUGGGUGUCUCGGUGAGCCCGGAAGGCAAUAGGAGGCUGGGACCCCGGCUUGCGGAUGCGGGAGCCGGGCGGGCGCGUCCGCGGGAGCUAGCGGCUGACUGCACAGCGGGAUCGGGAGCCCGUGGCCUGGCGCCGGGCAAGAUCUCUCUACAUAGCCCUUACUGUCCCAGAACUCAACCUGUACACCAGGCUGGCCCCAAACUCACAGAGAUCUGCCUGCCUCUGCCUCCCAAGUACUGGGAUCAAAAGCAUGCUCCAUCACACCAGUGACUCGGUGUCUUUUAUGCUUGGAUUAGAAAAGGUGUUAUAAUCAAGACUGUUGCUAACCAUGGCAUCUGGAGAUGACAGUCCUAUCUUUGAAGAUGAUGAAAGCCCUCUUUAUAGCCUGGAAAAAAUGACAGACCUUGUAGCUGUGUGGGACGUUGCAUUAAGUGAUGGAAUCCACAAGAUUGAAUUUGAGCAUGGGACCACAUCCGGCAAACGAGUUGUGUACGUGGAUGGGAAGGAAGAAAUAAGAAAAGAAUGGAUGUUCAAAUUGGUGGGCAAAGAAACCUUCUGUGUUGGAGCUGCAAAAACCAAAGCCACCAUAAACAUAGAUGCUGUCAGUGGUUUUGCAUAUGAGUACACUCUGGAGAUCGAUGGGAAAAGCCUUAAGAAGUACAUGGAGAACAGAUCAAAGACCACCAACACCUGGGUGCUGCACUUGGACGGCGAGGACUGCAGAGUGGUUCUGGAGAAAGAUACUAUGGAUGUAUGGUGCAAUGGCCAAAAAAUGGAGACAGCAGGCGAGUUUGUAGACGAUGGGACUGAAACACACUUCAGAAUUGGGAACCAUGAUUGUUACAUAAAAGCCGUGAGCAGCGGGAAGAGAAGAGAAGGGAUCAUCCACACACUCAUUGUGGAUAACAGGGAGAUCCCAGAGGUCUCUCAGUGACUGCUUCUGAAUGAGUUCCAGGCUGAAGAGGUGACGUCAGGACUUGCUAAUGACUGUGGUAAUUAAAUGUGUUCAUGCUGUACAUAUCUGUAGAUUUAAUCUGCGAUGUUUUUAUUUUUAUCUUUUGUUACUUGAAACUGUAAUAUUCUAAUGGUCAAGAAAAUGGAAUCAUAAAAAUUUAUUUUUUAACUAAUGUGUUUCUAAUUCAAAUGGAAAAUAAAAUAUGGACCCAAACCACUAACAUCUCACCACAGUAACCUUGACUACAGUAAACACUGUAAAAUAAAAUGGUGCUGCUGGCUGUGGCCUACAGUGGGUUUGUUUUCAUGUCUCACAUGCGCAGGUAGGUUGGCCUGUAUUUGAAGCAGCUGGUUUAUAAUCAUGCAAUUUGUGUAACCAGAGAAAACAAAAAGCAUUUUCUGUCUGAAAACAUGAAAAAAAAUCCGAUAAUGUCAUAUAAGAAUUUAAUUUAGGUGCUAGAGAGAUGGUUUAGCAGUUAGGAGUUCAUGGUGCCCUCUUGCGGAGGACCUGGGUUCCAUUCCCAGUAUCCACACGGUAGCUCACAACCAUCUGUAAAUUCCAGUCCUUGGUGAUCUAACACCCUAUUUUGGCCUCCAAGGAUUAUCAGAUAUGCAUCUGGUGAACAUACAUACCUUCAGACAAAACACUUAUAUACAUAAAAUAAAAAUAAAUCCCUCAAAAAUGAAAAGAUUUCCAUUUAUCUGGGUGUGGUGGUAUAUGUUUUUAAUUCCUGUACUUGGGAGGCAGAGGCAGGCUGGUUUCUAUAUUUUGCGGGUCAGCUUGUAAGAUAGCAAAUUCCAGGCCAGCCAGGGCUGCGUUGUGAAAACCUUGUCUCAAAAAAGAAAGGAAGAAAAGAGAUGGUUAAAUAGGAAGGUGCCUGCCACCAGCCCAGUGAUCUGUGUCCAGUCCCCAGGACCAUGGCAGAAGGGAGAACUGAUUCCUCGAAGUUGUGCUUGGAUGUGUGCUCUGGCACGUGUGCCCAAAUCCAUACCCACAAAGUUAAUUUUUUAAAAACUGAAUUUAGAAUGUGGGUUUAUGAAGAGGUUGCUUUAUUUUCAUUUGUAUA